ACCGCUGGAGUUGGUGAGUCUUCCUUUUCUAUGGUGGUAACCACGCAUUUUCACUAUUUUUGUUUAUUGGAAGCUGCGUGUUACUUUCUUCACGGACAUCAAGAUAGCUCAUUAAAGUCUAUUCGGUUCGCACAUUCAAAUAGGAUAUUUCAAGAGGAAAGCUCCUUUCGACAUCUCUCUGCAACUUCAGCUUCAAAUAUUGCAAUUACAGUUUCAUGGCGGAUCUUAACGAAGAUUCCUCCUCUGCCUUUUCAUCUCCAUAUUCCAAAUACGAUGUUUUUCUCAACUUCAGGGGUGCAGAUACUCGCAAAAACUUCACUGAUUUCCUUCACAAAGCUCUUAAAAAUGAGGGAAUCAAUGACUUUAUUGAUAGUGAAAAUUUGUGGACUGGAGAAGCCAUUAACCCAGCCCUUAUUAGAACGAUUGGAGGGUCCAAAAUCGCAAUCCCUGUUUUCUCCAGCGGCUACGCCUCAAGCAAAUGGUGUCUCCAGGAACUUUCUCUGAUACACGAUUGCUACAAAUCAAACGGUCAAAUUGCUUUACCCAUAUUCUUGGACGUCGAGCCGUCUUAUGUUCGGAAUCAAACUGGAAGUUUUGAAGGACCCUUUCAGGAACAUGAGAGGCAGUUUAUGCCCCAAAUUGUGGAGAAUUGGAGGGAAGCUUUGAGAGUGAUAGGGAGUCUAAAGGGUUGGGUUCUGAACAAAGACACAAACGGUGAUUGCAGGGAUCAGGCAGCGCUAGUUGAGGUAGUUGUCAAAAGGGUUCUGGAUGAAUUGAACAGUAACAUCCACUUGGUUGCAUGUAAAUACCCUAUUGGAAUAGAUUCCCACAUAAAUUCUCUGUUAUCUUUGUUAAAUAGUGAGUCCAAUGAUGCUAAGUUUGUCGGAAUUUGUGGCUUUGGUGGCAUUGGGAAGACAACUAUUGCCAAGGCUGUAUACAAUCGCAUAUUUUCGAACUUCAAGGGGCAUAGUUUUCUUUCGGACAUUAGAGAACAAAUAAUUCGAUGCAAGGGUCUAGUGUCUUUGCAGAAGCAACUUCUUAAAGAUAUCAGCAAAAUGGACAUUGACAUAUGUGAUUAUCAUAGGGGCAAACAUUUGAUAAAACAAAGACUUUGUAAAGAAAAAGUUCUUCUAGUUCUUGAUGAUGUAGACGACAAAGAACAUUUAGAUGCUUUGGCUGGUGAACUCAAUUGGUUUGGUAAAGGAAGCAGGGUCAUAAUAACAACCAGAGAUGAGCAUAUUUUGGAUGUGGCUAAGGUUGGAAAAGAUAAAAUCUAUUGGCCUCAAGAGCUGAACUAUAAGGAAUCUCUUCAACUAUUUAGUUUGCAUGCUUUUUCAAUGAACCAACCUCCUGAUGAUUAUAUGCAACUUUCACAAGAUGUGGCAUGGUAUUUGGGAGGGUUGCCUUUAGCUGUAGAGGUGUUGGGGUCUUACCUAUCGGACGUUAGAGACAAAGAAGUGUGGAAAAGUACACUACAAAGUUUGAAAGAAAUUCCUGAUAAAGAAGUCCAAAGAAAGUUGAGGAUAAGUUAUAACAAUCUGGAAGACGAGUAUCAAAAAUCUCUAUUUCUCGAUUUUGCAUGCUCUUUUAUUGGAUGUGAUAAAGAAACCGUAAUUUCCAUAUGGGAAGCUUCUGGCUAUUAUCCUAAAUCAGCAAUACACAGACUAAUUAAAAGGUCCCUUAUAAAAUUUGAAUAUAAGGAAUAUGGUGAUUGCUGCUUGAUGAUGCAUGAUCUGAUUCGAGACAUGGGAAGGAGAAUUGUCUUAGAAGAGAACCUUAUGGAACCAAGUAAUGGUGAAAUCUUGCAACUAUUAACACAUAAGGGAACUGACAAGAUAAAAGGCAUGAUCCUUCCGACCAGGUUACAAAGUGUUCCAUUAGCUAGUGAACACUUUGAGAUGAUUUCCAAUCUAAGAUUUCUCGAUAUUAAUUCAGUACACUUCAGGGGUGAUUUUCCGCCCCUUCCUUCUACAUUAAAGUGGUUCAGAUGGAAGCGUUGUCCUUUGGAUAUUCUACCAGCCAAUUUUUAUCAUAAGAGACUGGUUAAUCUCGACCUAUCGGGUAGCAUGAUUGAAGAAGCUUGGAAUAUCAGGUCUCAAAAUGAAACUAAGCGGUUCCAAAAUUUGAAAGUUCUUGUUCUUAGUGAUUGCACAUAUCUAGCUGAGUCCCCAGACUCUUCAUGGUUUCCUCACUUGGAACGAUUAGAUCUCGGAAACUGCAGAUCAUUGGAGAAGUUAAAUGAGUCCAUCGGGCAGUUUAGUCAACUCAAAAAUCUUAAUCUUAAGCGUUGUGACUCACUCAAAAAGUUGCCCGAUUCCAUUGGUAAACUAAAAUCUCUAGUCCAGCUUGACUUGUCGUGGUUAACAAUUGAAGAACUCCCAAACAGUAUUUCCAGGUUGAGCUCUCUUGAAGAACUUAGUCUCGAAGGAUGCCGUUCACUCAAGAGUUUGCCUGAGUCAAUCGGUGGUCUAAAAUCUUUGGUUGAGCUUAAAUUGACUAAUGUUUCAAAAAUUAAGGAAUUGCCUGAUGGUGUUGGAUUAUUAGAGAAGCUUAUGGUAUUAGAUGCUUAUGGUUGCUAUAAACUAGUGAAGCUACCAAGAUCAAUGGGGAGAAUGAGGUGCUUGCAUAGCAUUAACUUACGAGGAGACAAUAUUUCGAACAUUCCUGAUGAUUUUUCAAUGCUCUCGAAUUUAUUCAAGUUGAAAAUGUCUGCAACACUUCAAUCCCUCCCGACAGAUCUCUCACACUUGAAAUAUUUGAAGCAAUUAAACCUUUUUAAGUGUGUGAAGUUGGAAUACCUCCCAGAGCUUCCCUUAAGCUUAGUUGAGCUUUGUUGUGAAGAUUGCUUUUCCUUGGUACGACUACCGGAUUUGUCAAGGCUGAAAGUUUUGGCGAUAUUAUGUCUUGAAGGUUGUAUAAAGCUGGAGGAGAUUCGAGGCCUCGGCGGGAAACUAUCUUUGGUAGAACUCAAUGCCCGAGGAUGCCAUAACUUGACCAUAACUCCAAGGAAAAUACUUGGCCAGGGAACACUAUUACCUGAAAGGCCACCAUUGCGAAGUUUUUCUUUGACUGCUAUUGAUGGGAUCUAUAAAAAAUGGUUAAUUCUGUGCCUUGUUUUGGAAUUACCCUCUGACUUCAGCUCACAAACCAUCUAUUGUGAUAUUUCUGCUUCUAUCCGCCAAAAAGAUAACACAAUCAGUUGUGUUCAUACACUGAGAAUUGAGGACGUUGAGUUCACUACUAAUCAAAAUUUAAUCUACCUUCAUCAUUUUAAAGAAUUUGACUGGUUUGGAAUUCCAUUACAUGGAAAAGAUGCUAUUGAGAAUUUAUAUAUUCAUCAAUCCGAGUUACGUCAACAGCUCUCUUGGGAUAACGAUUCGUCAAGACACUUUUGUAGGGUAAAAUUCUGGAAAAUUCUGUUUGAGAACAGGGAACCUUCCCAGCAAAAGCCUAAUGGCUAUUCGAGUGCCUCAAUGGUAGAAGAUUUCUUUAAUUGGUCAUUCGAGAGCAGAGAAACUAACCAACAAGAACCUAAUCGACAUUCGAGUGCCAUGAUGGUGGCAGAUUUCUCGAAUUGGUCAUUUGAGAACAGGGAAUAUGAACAGCAAAUGCUUAAUCAACAUUCAACUGCCAUGAUGGUAGCAGACUUCUUCGAUUGCUCAUAUGUCAACGUUAGUGGUGGAUUACCUCCACUAAAACUGAGCAACAUUGGGGUUAGAGGAUCCAGCAGUAAUGUUCCUAAGGAGGUAGAGUUGACGGCUAUUGAAAGACUUAUUGAUGAGGCAAGUCCUCCUCGAGUGGAAGAAGCAUUGUUGAGGGCUACAGUGAGACCAGUUCUCAACGAGGAUGAUGAGGCAGCUUGUCGAUCUCCCGUUAAAGAUACAGAGAUAGGGUUGAGGGCUAGUGGGAGUUAUUGCUUUGACAAUGAGGAUGAGGCGCUGUUGAGGGCUAUUGGGAGAAUUGUUCUUGAAAACGAGGAGGAAGAGGAAGUCUUGAGGGCUAUGGAGAGACUUUUUCUUCGUAAGGAUGAUGAGACGGCUGUUGAUUCCGGAGCCAACACCAAUUCAAGCAGUUACUGAAGGGAAUUGACAAGAUAAAAGGCAUGAUCCUUUCCACUGGGACUGUUCCUUUAUCAUGAGAGACUCGUUAUUCUCGAUCUAUCGUGUAGCAUAAUUGAACAAGCUUGGAAUAUCAGGUCUCAAGAUGAAAAUAAGCUGUUCCAAGAUUUUGAAAGUUCUCAUUCUUGGUGAUUGUACAUAUCUAGCUAAGUCCGCAGACCUUUCAUGGUUUCCUCACUUCGAAUGAUUAGAGCUUGGAAAUUGCAGAUCCUUGAAGAACAGCUUAGAUGAGUCAAUCGGGAAGUUGAUUCAACUAAAAAAUCUUAUGCUUAAAUGUUCCAACUCACUCAAGAACAGCUUGACUUGUCAGGGUCAGAUAUUGAAGAACUCCCAAGCAAUAUUUCCAGGUUGAUUUCUCUUGAAGAACUUAUUCUUGUGGAGUGCAAAUUACUCAAGAAGUUGUUUUGAGUCCAUUGGUGAUGUAAAUCUUUGGUCGAGCUCAAAUUGACGAAUGUUUCAGAAAUUGAGGAAUUGCCCGAUGGUGUUGGGUUAUUAGAGAAGCUUGUGGUAUUAGAUGCUUCUGAUUGCUAUGAACUACUGAAACUACCAAGAUCAAUGGGGAGAAUGAGUUGCUUGCAUGGAAUUAACCUGAAAGCAACCAGUAUUUCAAAAAGUUCUGAUGAUUUUUCAAUGCUCACGGAUUUAUUCGAGUUGAAAAUAUCUGCAAGGCUUCAAUCCCUACUGACGGAUCUGUCACCCUUGAAAUACUUGAAGCAAUUAAUCCAUUUUAGCUGUGUGAAGUUGGAAUACUUCCCAGAGUUCCCAACUAUUUGAAGUUUGUAGUGAAGAUUGCUUUUCAUUGGUACAACUACUGGGUUUGUCAAGGCUGAGCUGCUGAACAUUUUGGUGAUAUUAUGUCUUGAGGGUUGUAUAAAGCUGGAGGAGAUUUGAGGCAUUGAGGGAAAAAUAUCUUUGGUAGAACUCCCGAGGAUGCCAUAACUUCAUCAUGACUUGGGAACACUAUUACCUGAUAGGCCACCAUUGGAAGUUUUUACUAGACUGCUAUUGAUGGGAUCUAUAGAAAACAGUUAUAUGUGCCUUGUUUUGGAAUUUCUCUCUGACUUCAGGUGACAAACCGUCUAUUGUGAUAUUCUCGCUUCUAUCAGCCAAAAAACCAGCUGUGUUCUCACGCUGUGAAUUGUGGACGUCCACUAAUCAAAAUAUAAUCUGCCUUCACCAUUGCAAAGGCUUUUGACUGGUUUGGAAUUCCAUUACAUGGAAAAGAUGUUGAGAAUUUAUAUAUUUAUCAAUCCGGGUUACAUCACCAGCUUUCUUUUUGAUACCUAUGCGUCAAGACCCUAUUGUUGAGUAAAACACCGGAAGCCUCUGUUUGAGAACAGGGAAUCCUUUCCAGCAAAAGCCUACUCCACUUACAAUUGCAAUGAUGGUAGCAGAAUUCUUCAUUUGGUUAUUCAAGAAAUGGGGAACCUGACCAACAAAAACAUUCUCGUGCCAUGAAGGUAGCAGAUUUCUCCAGUUGGUCAUUCAAGAACAGGGAAUAUGAACAGAAAAAUGCUUAAUCAACAUUCUAGCGCCUUGAUCAACCAUAGAGUCAUCAUAAAAGGCUAUUUCUAUAGCUUUGUCAAGGUAAUGAACCGAGGAAUAUGAACAGCAACCGCUUAAUCAGCAUUCUAGUGCAAUGAUGGUAGCAGAAUUCUGUCAUUUGGUCAUUCGAGAUUGGGAAACCUGACCGGAAAAUUCCUAAUCGACGUUCUAAUGUCAUGAAGGUAGCAGAUUUCUCCAAUUGAUCAUUUGAGAAGAGGGAAUAUAAACUGCAAAUGCUUAAUCAAAAUUCUAGUGCCAUGAUUGCAGCAAAUUUCUCCAAUUGGUCAUUCAAGAACAGGAAAUAUGAACGGCAAAUGCUUAAUCAACAUUCAAGUACCAUGAUGGUAGCAGAGUUCUUCGA